UUUUGCCAACACUCAUCCACUUGACAGCAAGAACUUCCCAAAAUCUUUCGUUUUGAAAUACCUUCUACUUUUGGCAGAAUAUUGUUUGAUAAUUACUCGAAAACUCGAUCUUCAAAGAUUAAUUAACAUGUCAAUCCUACCUUCGUCUGCCCAAAAGAAAAGUGCUCUUGAUGUUAGUUCCGUUCGGUGCCAAAAGUGUCUAGAGAUGGGUCAUUGGACUUAUGAAUGUAAAGGAAAAAGAAAACAUGUUGACAGACCAACAAGAACCGACCAGUUGAAAAAAACAUUAAAGCAAAUUGAAACAGGAACAUAUGAGGAUAAAAAUGACAUCACCAAGAAGACAAAGGCAAUCAAAGAGAAAAAACUAAGACGAAACUCUUCCAGCUCAUCUGAUUCCUCAACUGAGGAUAGUGAAGAAUCAAGCAGUGACUCAGGUAGCGACGAUUCAGAUAGCAGCAGCACUGGAAGCGAGAGCACAAGCACUGAUUCAUCUUCAAGUAGUUCUGACUCCACGUCAUCAGAGGCUGAGGACGAUAGAAAAGAAAAAAACAGAAAAAAAGUUCGGAAGCAUUAGUUUCAUUCGCCUUUUCUAAUUUUUUGUGGUCAUUCUCACUUUUAAUUAGUCCAAUGUUAUUCUGGCGCAGUUUGCUAAGAUCUGUCCGAAACUUAGAUUUACAAUUCUAGGUGAAAGACUGAAGAAAAAUGGCCAAUUCAUUUAAAAAAAAUAAGCAAUGAGUGAAAAUGAUUGCUCUGCGAUGACGGGUAAUACAUGACAAUUUGUCCCCAUAA